AUUCGCCCACCAAAACCUCUGAUUUUAAUCCUCUUUCCGUGUUUCAUUUGAUUGUGCUCUUUUCUUUUCCCUUCAAGGUCCACUCUCUCGUGUCAGUACAGUAUUCGGUCUCCGCGGAUCUAUCAAAGAACGACACCCGUUUUCCGGAUCAGGUAUCUCGCCUGCAGACCGCCGCGUCAUAUCGAGCUCCACCCCCAGUCUACGACGUUAUAUCAUUACUGUCUCUUCAUGAUACCAUUUACUUUAGACGUGUGAGAACUGCUCUGGAUAUUUAAUUUUUUUUCUUCUUCUUUUUUUUUUUUUUGAUUUGCCCCGCUCUUCCUCCUGUCGGGAGCAAACCUAUCAUAGACGUCCCGUUUGGAAACAGCAUGGCUUUUCUCGCCGAGAUUAAGAAGAUACACCGUCACAAUGUACAGACGUUGAGGAAGCAGCCCCUGUCUGAAAUAUCGGGCGCCCUGGGCGACCUGGGAACGCUGCUUCCGAUCAUGAUAGCUCUGACGCUGUCCGAGUCGAUAUCGCUGUCGAGCACGCUCGUCUUCACGGGCCUGGCAAACAUCCUCACGGGAUGUGUGUUCGGCAUACCGCUCCCCGUGCAGCCGAUGAAGGCCAUCGCCGCCGUCGCGAUAGCGCGGGACUUCACGACGCGGGAGACCAUGGCCGCCGGUCUCGCGGUGGCGGCCAUCGUCCUCGCUUUGAGCGUCACGGGCUUGCUCAACUGGUUCUCGAGGGCGAUACCCAUCCCAGUGGUGAAGGGCAUCCAGGUCGGCGCCGGCCUGUCGCUCGUCCUGUCGGCCGGAUCGGCGCUGCUGCAGCCUCUGGGCUGGACGAGCCCAAGCUGGGCGGACAACCGUCCGUGGGCGCUUCUGGCCUUCUUGCUUCUCCUCGCCACGGCGUCGACGGACGGCCCGCGCUUCCGCAUCCCGUACGCCCUUCUCGUCGUCGUGCUCGGCCUGGUCCUCGCCAGCGCCGUCGCAGCCAGCCAGCACGGCCACGCGGCCACCGGCCCGUCCAUCUGGCGUCCGAACCUCUUCGUCCCGCACGCGCGCGACUUCUGGACCACCUUGUCCGCCUCGCUGGGCCAGCUGCCGCUGACCACGCUGAACUCCAUCGUCGCCGUGACCCACCUCUCGGCCGAGUUGCUGCCCGAGCUGCCGGAGCCUUCGGCCGCCGCCAUCGGCGUCUCCGUCGCCGGUAUGAACCUCCUGAGCUGCUGGUUCGGCUCCAUGCCCGCCUGUCACGGGUCUGGCGGCCUGGCGGCGCAGUACCGCUUCGGCGCGCGCUCGGGCGCCUCCGUCGUCAUUCUGGGCUGUGUCAAGCUCGCGCUGGGCCUCUUCGUCGGCGAGGCGCUGGUCGACCUGCUUCGCGAGUUUCCAAAGAGCCUCCUUGGCGUCAUGGUCAUCGCCGCAGGUGUCGAGCUCGCAAAGGUCGGCGAGAGCCUGAACUCCGGAGCGCGCGACCUGUGGGAGGAGAGUUCGGAAGAGGAAGGGCGGAAGCACAGGUCGCCCAGCGAAGACGAGAGAAGGGCGAGAUGGAGCGUAAUGCUGGUGACUGUGGCGGGCUUGCUUGCGUUCCGGAACGACGCCGUCGGAUUUUUGGCCGGCAUGUUGUGGCAUUGGGGUCUACAUGCACCUGACUACUUGUCAAAGUGGCGUACGAGCCGGUCAUGGAUGACAGUCUAUCGACGGACUUAUCACGAAGACGAACGCGUGUUACGAGAUGACGAUGCUUGAGACGGAGGGGAUUGCAAACAAACACCGGUUUGAAACCGACAGUCUUAAUUUUUUGCAAAAGUAGCAUUCCAUUCCGUUGGCCUAGUCAUUAGAUGGUCCGCCUUUUCGGCGGGAAGAAGUCUAUGUACAGAGAUGGAUUUCAAGAGGUAUAUUCAAUCACCUCAUGUCCGUCAUGGACCAUUGAAAUAAUCAAAGUAUUCUUGCUGGGUCGAUUUUGAUUUGGUCUCUGAAAUAAAAUCGACCUCAGCUGCUUACCAAGUUACACACUUGAGCUUCGUAGAAAGAAUAUGAUACGGGUCGCGUUUCACAAAGACGUGUGUUUACACAUUGAGCAAAGGAUACAAAAAAAGGUCUGAGAAGUUUUGACUAAGAAAUGGU